GUUCAGGAACCAAAAUCUCAACAUGUCGUCUUUCAAACCCCGUCGUGAUUAUCUCUAUCUAGCGGUAGUUGUCUUGCACCUAACCGCGAUGUUAGGUGUCGACUUCGUCCCCUUCUAUCCCCAGUCUCUCUGCCAACCUGCUGGUUCUCCUCUGCACUUCCUAGUUGCGUAUCGCAACUGGUAUAUCACCACCAUGGCCGACCCGUAUUACCAUCACAACACCCCCGGGCACUUUUUCGACUUCCUCGUCUGGGUUGAGCUGCUCGUUCAGUUCCCCCUGGCCCUGAGCCUCACCCGCGCCCUGGUUGCCAAGGGGCCGCUUAAUGGUGCUGAUGAGCUCAUGGCCAACGUUUACGGUCUCGUAACCGGCCUCUGCACGGCUGUGGUGUGUCACGAUAUGUGGUACCUGGGGCCAGAGAUCAUCAGCGCUCAGGCCAAGCAGACUCUUUUAUUUGGGGCGUACUUGCCGUAUGCUGUACUUCCUAUCGUCAUGGCUGCAGAUAUGCAAUCACGUCUUCUGGCCCGGAUACGGGGGCAAUCUCAGAUAAAACUUGACUGAUUGCCGUUUGGGUACUGUCUGUGUCUUAUUUGGAGAAGCAUACGAAGUGGUCUCAUAUG